AAAUUUCGGUGUUCACAUAGAAUAGUGCUUUAACUGAACGUUGAAAAAUAGUGACAUGGAGUUCAUGAAUUUAUUCAGUCUAAAUAUUUCAACCAUGAUAACAUGGGCAUUUGGUGCAAAGUCAAAAGAAAAUAACAAUUGUGUCUGUAACACCACAAAUUCGUGCACAUUCGAUGCAACUGCGUUGGACAAACCACGUCGUUUAUCUACAAUCCUUCUGAUAAUUAUGGUUAUUGUAUUGGGAAUCAUUAUCAUAUUCAUCAGAGCAUUGUACACUGCAUAUACAAGGAGUGCCAUCAUCAUGAUUAUAACC